GUGACAUGCUAUUUUUAGACAGAAUGAGUCACGAGUAAAAGGUACAAGAUUGAAAAUUUUACAUUCAUUACAUUAAAUGUACUCGGUCAGAUAACAUAGUCCUCUGAAAUUUGUAGAUUGAAAUAUUUUAUUAUUGUGUACAUACGUGAAGCUUCUUGACGGGAUUUAAAAUCGCGGACUGUCGAACAGCAAAAGGAAAAUUUAAUCAACAAACAAUGAAAUUAAUAAUUUUGUGAAUGUGCCUGCAACGCAAUUCGUCUUAAAGAAACUAAAGUCUUCGUUUAUCUGUGUUUGAAGUGAAACAAGUAAAGCCUCGCCUGUUUUUCGUCGUAGUUUAUCAGAAGUCGCAAUAAUAAUCAAGUUCAGGCUUAUCACAGUUUUUUGAGGAAUUCAACAGCCUCAGUAGUGUGGAUAAAAAUUUCAAAUGAAAUUAAUACAAAUACAUCGAAACUUGGUUUACGAUAAAUUAAAACAAUAAAAUUCUUUGUCACAUCGUGCACGUACAUGUAUAUAUUGAAGUAUCAUUGUGAAAUUGUUUUUUUCUGCUGUUAAUUCAAGGAUUUGUCGAAACAAACAACAGUAAAGUGACCUUAAAAUAAGAAAGAGAAUAUGGUGUUUGAGAACCAGACGUAUUCCUCAAAAAGUGGUUUUUGUUAUUUGUGAUUUUAUUCGUCAAUAAACGCAGUUGUUUACGCAACACACACAUACAGUUUGGGACGUUUAACAAAAAUUCAAGUUGAAUUCGAGGGGGUUUACACGUGAACAUUUUGUGUUUUUUUUUUUAAUUCAACGAAAACAAACAUAAAAGUUGUACAUGACUAAUCUGUUGUUGACACAAAUUUGAAAGAGAACCGAAAAUACUUUUCGCAUAAUUUCCAUAAACUAGAUAAAAAAAUUACAGUAAAAUGCGUGAUAAUCCAAACAACAUGGAUUCGUUUUAUGAUGAAGAGAAUGCUACGUUCAACAGCCAGAACGGUUUAAAGAGACCUUUGACGCUGGAUUUAAAUGGAAAACAACAGACAACAAAACGGUCACGAUUCAAUCCAAACGUUUUGAAUUCGCCGGAUUUGCAAAUGUUGAAAAUGGCAUCGCCUGAACUGGAAAAGUUCAUCAUGGCCAACAAUACGUUGCAAACGCCAACACCUAGUUUAGUUUAUCCAACAAAGGUUACCACAGAGCAGGAACUGUAUGCCAAAGGUUUUGUAGACGCUUUGAAUAAUUUACGAAAUUGUGAUAAUAGCCAACAACAAGUAACUGUUCCAGCCGAGCCCACACCCUCAACAAUUUCAGGUGGAAUUGGAAUGAGUGGCGGAUCGAUAACGUACACAAAUUUAGACGAUUCCUACCCACAAGUCACAAUCAAAGACGAACCACAAACCGUGCCAAAUUCCCCACCACUUAGUCCAAUCGACAUGGAAUCGCAAGAGAAAAUCAAAUUGGAACGAAAGCGGCAACGGAACCGUGUGGCCGCAUCCAAAUGUCGCAAGCGAAAGCUGGAACGAAUAUCGAAAUUGGAGGACAAAGUGAAGGAUCUGAAAGGUGAAAAUCUCGAACUGGGCAGUGUGGUGAAACAGUUGAAGGAGCACGUAUUCACGUUGAAACAACAGGUUAUCGAUCACAUACGAACGGGUUGCAAUAUUCCCGUCUACAAUAGUAUGCAAAUGUUUAAGGGCAAUGAGGAAAGUGAUAUCAAGUGAUCCGUUUUUUGUUUGUUUUGUUAAUCGUUAAGUGACAUUAAGUUAAAAAGAGACACACCAUUCAUGAUAAUUUGUCGGCGCGCACAAUUCUAUUAUAGUAACAAACAGUGCCGUGAAAUUCACGUAAAGUUUUUCAAAAAUUUUAUGGAAAUUCUUUUUGAAUAAAAUUUUAUAUUCCCAAGCUACGAAGCACCAACUUAUGCUAAUUAAUAAUUAAACAAGAGUAAGCGUCAAAAAGAAAAGAAGAAAUUAAACAAACAAAAGCAAAAUAUAGAAAUUCAAUGCCUCAUUAAAGUUUUCACGAAUAAAAUGAACCGAACGUACCAGGAAAACGUUCGAACCAAUUUGUGGAAAUGCCUUAAAAAAUGUAAAUCUAAGUUUUAUAUAAUAUAACAUUAGCAAAGAUUUUCUUUAUUGUACAAUGAUCGUAAGUUAAAGUAUAAAAAUUGUGUCAUUUCCAUUUAACGUUUUUAAUAAAAAAAAA